CCAGCAUUCUGCAGAGAAGUACCUUUUCUUCCUGGCCCUCACAUCGGCAGCUGAUCCCAGGGGCCCGGACGAUGGAGCCAGGCUUGCUGAUGUGGGGAUUCUUCGUAUUCAUCGUCGUACCUGGCUGCGUGACAGAUGCUUGUCUUGAAGACCCACCGAGUCUCAGAAACGCCAUGUUCAAGGUCCUCAGGUAUGAGGUGGGCACCAUGAUAAACUGUGACUGCAAGAAAGGCUUCCGCAGAAGGUCGCCCUUCAUGCGCUGCACAGGAAACUCCAGCCACUCUGCCUGGGAAAACAGAUGCCACUGCGACAGCACCUCCUCCCCUAAGACUCCAGGAAAACAAGUUACUCCUGGACUCAAAGAACAGAAUGAAGAAACGACCACAGAAAUGCAGAGCCAAAUGCAGCCCACAGGCCAAGCUAACCUUCCAGGUCACUGCAAGGAGCCUCCACCAUGGGAAUAUGAACGUGAACCUUUGAAGAGAAUUUACCAUUUCAUGGCGGGGCAGACAGUUUACUACCAGUGCAUUCAGGGAUUCAGGCCCCUACAGGGAGGCCCUACCAAGAGCACCUGCAAGAUGAUCUAUGGGAACAUGAGGUGGACCCAGCCCAAGCUUGAGUGCAUAAGUGAAGGGGAGAACAGUCAGUUUCCAGGUGAUGAAGAGCCUCAGGAGAGCACGGAUGCUCCCCCUGGCAGUGAAACUGAUUUUCCCUUAACAACGAGGAUGGCAGGUACCACAGAUUUCCAAACACCCACAGAAGUGGCCGCGACCAUGGAUACGUUCAUAUUUACAACCGAGUAUCAGAUCGCAGUGGCCGGCUGCAUCCUGCUGCUCAUCAGCAUCUUCCUCCUGACAGGCCUCACCUGGCAGCAGAAAUGGAAGAAGAAUAGAAGGACAAUCUAGAAAACCAAGGGCAAGAAGAACCCGCAGAUGUCAUGGACCACAAUCAAAAUCAAGGCAGCUGAACACUCAUCCAAGAGGCAUCUCCUGAUCCCAUGGGUUCUGGAAAGCUCUGAAGUCACAUCACAGGACACCAGGCACCUGCAACCCCAUCGUGAAGCCAGCUCUGUAGUAUCAACGAGCGAGCUUGACCUGCACGUAGGCAGCAAGUCCAAGGUCACUGGAGGAACAGGGAGGAAAAACCAGAACUCUUGGUCCCAUUUUCAUGUGUAUGUGUUCAUUAAAGCAUGACCGGCAUGGAACUCUCUCCAUGCCAUGUAUAAUACAAAGAAGAGUAGCUUCAUGCUAAGUUCAUCCCAACUUCCCAGUUUAGAAAUCCCAAGGAAAACCCUAGCACUAAUGUAAAUAGACACACACGCUCUCUACCCUAUGUAACUGGACCUUGCUCCUCGGUCCACGUAGGUCCUUUCCCAGCCUCUGGUUGACUAGCCCAUUCUCCUGAUCACAUCCUUUAAUGAAUGCCCCCUAAGAACUCUGGACUGGUAACUAGGAAUGCUUUGGACCUUAGCUCAGUGCUCUAAACUAGCCCCCCUCCACUGAACCUUCAAUUCUGAGUUUCUAAAGAACAGAGUCCAUGGGGGAAUAGUCUUUGGGUAAUACCAAAAGAGGACAACCAAGCCCUUGGAACUGUGGAGCUUCAAUAUUUGAAAAGAUUUCACUGGAGUUAAUGUCAGGAGAAGGGGGAUAAGCUAGAUCCUAGGUAAUGGAUUAUUCCGGUCAAAAAGCUCCAGCUGUACAUGACUAAUGGGCCACUUCAAGAGUUAGUUUCUCUUGGAUUGCUAUAAAUGAUACUCUGUGUUUGGCCAGCACGAAUUUGAUGUUUACAGACAGACACACAAUGUGCAAAUGUGUACAUUUUCAAAGAAGUGUCAUAAAAACACUGAUAAAGGAGCAAUACGUUCAAUGUUUAUGGAAGGAAAGAAAGAAGGAAGUCGGGGUGGAGUGGGGUGGGAGAGCAUGUGAUUAUGGACAAGGUCACACCAGUGAUCCUCAAACUGUUAGCACAACGUUGAGCAAAUCAAAAUCACCUGGAGGCCUUGUUAAAACAUAGAAGGGGGGACUUCUCUGUGCGCCAGUGGUUAAGAAUCCGCCUGCCAAUGUAGGAGACAUGGGUUUGAUUCCUGGUCCGGGAUGAUCCCACAUGCUGUGGAGCAACUAAGCCCGUGCACCACAACUACCAAGCCUGCGCUCUAGAGCCCGCAAGUCACAACUACGGAGGCAGCGUGCCACAACUACUGAAGCCCACGCACCUAGAGCCUGUGCUCCACAACAAGAGAAGCCACCACAAUGAGAAGCCCACGCACCACAAGGAAGAGUAGCCCCGCUCUCUGAAACUAGAGAAAGCCCACGUGCAGCAACGAAGACCCAACGCAGCCAAAAAUAAAAAACAAAACAAAAAACACAGAAGGCUGGGCCCACCUCCAGAGUUUCUGAGUUAGCAGGUCUGGGGUGGGGCCUGAGACUUUACAUUUCUAACAGGUUACAAGUGAUGCUGAUGAUGCUGGUCCAGGGCCACACUUUGAGAACCAUGGGGUUUAUGCCUCCCGCCCUCAACUCUCACUGGAAAAAUCAGCCUCAGGGGCUGAGAUUUCAGUGCAGAUUCAGACUUUUGCCAAAAAUCUCAAUUCUCAAUCAGUUGACUUAGAUGUCCAGGUUAAACAAAAUCACAUAAUGAAGAUUAAUGAAAAAUUUAAAUCAGCAGCCAGUUUUCAUUUCUGAAAGGGCAGGAAAAUGUUAUGAAAAAAAUGGGCAGGAGUCAGCAGGUCCAUAUCUAGAUUAAAGAACCAUUUUCUGUCCUUUCUGUGACCAACCAAGUACCAUCAGGUUCCAUCAUCAACAUCCCCCAAGUAUAUGUUUUCUGGGGAAACUAAUGUUAAGACGAAUAUAAGACCAGAAAAAAAUUUUUUUUAAUCUUAUUUAUCUUACUUGAAUAAAACUGGAUUAUCAUUACUCAUUUUGGGGGAGGGAGGUCCAUGAGAUCAAAAUUUUUUUCAUAAUACAGUUGACCCUUGAACAACACAGGUUUGAACUGCAUGAGUCCACUUACAUGUGGAUUUUUUUU